AUGUUGCCUAGCAGAGGAGCACUUCGUUCGCUCUCCACGGGAAGGGCGUAUCUUCAGGCACAGACCCAGACCUCCAGGUUAUCCAAUGGUCGACAGUUUGGCACCACUUCACGCAUCGCCAGCACAUCAUGGUCGGGGCUGAGGCCAACAGGAAAGACGUCAGGUCUUGUCCGCACCACCGUCGUCGCCGGCUCGCUUUCUUCCACCCGAACACUCUCCCUGUGGUCCCGGAGCCCCAAGACUGAGGCCACACCAGCACCGGCUACGAUCCCCGAGGUCGCCGCCGUCGACACAACGGCUCCUGCCAGCACGACAGCAUCAAUCCCCCCUCCCGAAGCUGCCGUUGCCUCUACCACCCCUUCUUUUGCCGAGGGCGUCGCGUCGGCACCCACUCCUGUCACCGAUGCCUCGACCUUCGAGCUCCUCACCGACACCACCAUUGCCCAGAUGCCCGAGCAGAUUGGCUACCUCAAGGCCAUCGGCCUCGACUUUGGCUACGGCCCCUCCAGUUGCAUGCAAUGGAUCCUCGAGCAUGUGUACAUCUACACCGGUAUGCCCUGGUGGGCCACGAUUGGUAGCACUGUCCUCCUUCUGCGCCUGCUUCUGCUGAAGCCCACACUCAACGCCCAGCAGGGGUCCGCCAAAAUGCAGCAGCUCCAGGGCAACGCCCAGUACGCGGCUCUGAAGCAAAAGAUGCAGGACUCGAUGAAGAGCGGCGACAAGUCGGCCAUGAUGGACGCCCGUCAGUCCAUCAACCACAUCCACAAGCGCGAGGGCGUCAACCCGUUUGCCGCUCUCUGGGGCCUCGUCCAGAUCCCCUUCAGCUACGGUCUCUUCAUCGUGCUCAACAACAUGGCCAAGAUCCCCGUUCCGUCAUUGGAGAACGGCGGCCUCCUGUGGUUCAACGACCUGUCCGUGUCUGACCCCUUUUUUAUUCUGCCCGUUGCCGCGCCCAUUGCCAUGAUUGCCAUGCUCAAGUCCGGUACAAAGUUUGCUCCCGUCCAGCAGCAGGCUCAGAUGAAGCUCAUGAUGUACAUCUUCGUCCCCCUCUCCCUCAUUUUCACAAUCUGGCUCCCCGCCGCCGUUCAGUUCUACUUCCUCUGCUCGACCCUCGUCGGCUGGGGCCAGAACCUUCUCUUCCAGAACCCGGCCUUCCGACGUGCUACCGGCCUCCCUGAGCUCGUCAGGCCCGUUCUCCCCGCCUCGACCUCUCGCAUUAGCGGCGCUAUGUUCUACCCGCCCACCAAGCGCACGGGCUCCACUGAUGCCAACACCAUCGAUGUGACGGCCGUAGAGGAGAAGCCCAAGAACGUCUUCAGCGGCGCUGUCGCAGACCUGAAGCAGACGGUCCACGGAGCCAAGGGUGGCAUGGGCUCCUUUGUCGACCAAGCUCGGCAGGAGCAGGCCGAGAAGAGCAAUAAGUCAUGGGAGGAGAAGCGUGCCGAAGAGGACAAGAGGCGCUUCAAGGCUGAUCUGAAGAGGAGAGCGAAAUAG